CGUCUGCUAGGUUUUAAAAUUUUUGUCAAUGGUUGUCUUAAGUGCAUUAGUUUUGGACAACCAAAUUGGAAUCAGUCUAGUUUGACUAUUUUUGCUUUGCUAGUUAUGGAUUUAAAGAAGAAGCCUUUUAAACUGGUUAGCCAGGAUCGAGUGACCAAAAAAGGAGUUGUGGCGGGGAGCCUGGAAGAGGUGAGACACAAAGCUAGAGCACUUUUCAACUUGGGGGCAGAAGAUUUUCAGAUAGUGCUGGAAGAAGAUGGAACUGAAGUUGUUGACGAUGAUUACCUACUGUACCUUGACAACAACACGAAACUGAUGGUUCUUCGAGCAAAUAGCCAGUGGGCACCAUCUUUCCCCGCAGUUGAUGAGACUGACUGCCCAGGAACGGAGAGGUCUUACAAUCCCAUUAAAAUCCUGCAGAAGCUUGUCCGCAGUCCUGGAUCUAUUGCUCUCCUCAGCGAAGAAGAAUUGGAUGUCGUCUCAUCUUUCACAGAGCACCACAACAUUGGUAUACCCCAGAGCGAGGUUGAAUAUCUCAUUGAAGCAUGCCAGAGGGAAUUGGAACAGAAGAAACGAAUCAAAGACGCCCUGGACUUGGUUGAUUUGUAUCAAAGAGCCAAACAGUCAGACAUACAUCCCUAAAAGGAAAAGGAGAUGCAAAUCUAUCGUUUUCUCUCAUGUUUCCAUUUAUAUAUUGGCGGUGUGCUCUUUGUUCCAGGCGCGAUCCGUACGGGUGGUUUACAACUUUUGGCCUGAAAAAUAAAUAUCAGUUACGUGUCUGUACUUGGCAAAUCAAUAAAAAAAUAAGUUAAUUGCAUACUCUAAGCAUUUUUUUCAUUUCCAUUUUUUGUUGCGCGACCAUCAGUUGCUUUUCGCGGGCGAUUCUUUUUUCCAGUUGUCUGUAAGACUUCAUUUGCUCCUCUGCCACAUUCUUCAAAAUAAGGUUAGCACGAAAUCAAGAUGUGACAGAAUGUCGAUAAGUUUUAC